AUGAAUCCACACAUCUCCGUCCCCCGACAGCACAGCAUUCCGACCAGUUUCGGCGCCAGCUCUGGUGCUGGGUCGGCUGGUCGAGGCGGAUCCAGCCUCAGGAUGCCGAGGUUCUUCAAGAGAUUGUUCAAAUUUCCGCAAAUGGACUUUGAAAUGGCAAUCUGGGAGAUGACUUCGCUGCUGAUUGCGCCAAAGAAGGUUUUCAAAUCAAUGUACUAUCAUAACGGACAGAAACAAACGAAAAACACAUGGCACAGACCGGACCCCUCGUUCACAUACCUGCUUUCGUUUUUCCUGCUAUUGACCGCAUUGGCCUGGGGCCUGGCCUACUCGCCCAGAUUCGGCUCGAUCAUUCGCAUAUCGUUCAUGUUCAUCUUUGUACAUUUCAUCGGGACUUCGCUGCUCAUCUCCACGAUAGCGUAUUUCCUCAUCGGCCGCAUCUUUGGGCCUAAUGGACCAGCAGCGAACCUGACUGGGUUUCGCGGGUCGCGAACACGGAGACGCGGCGCAGCACAGGGAUUGUUUGUGCAGCCGGGCGAAAAAGAGCAGGUUGAGUUUGGAUACUGCUUUGAUGUAUCCAAUCGUGCCUUCUUCCCGCUAUAUCUGCACCUCUACGUGGUGCAAUUUCUUCUACUCCCGCUGCUGACGCGGAAUCCGCCCAACUUCUUCACGACCUUUUUGGGCAACACGCUUUAUCUGUCUGCAUUGCUCUACUAUACAUAUAUCAGUUUCCUCGGAUACAACGCGCUGCCAUUUUUGCACAACACUGAACUGCUCCUGCUACCCAUUCUCGUGCUGUCUGUUUUGUGGCUGGUCAGUCUGAUUGCAGGCUGGAACGUGGUGACUCAUGGCCAUGGCGUCGAGGGACUGUUUUGGGGGGUUUAA